AUGCCUCUCGCUCUUUUUCAGAUCGGUGGACACAUCCUAUCCUCUACAGCUACGGAGAAGAUUCCAGUAUCUCUGGUCCAUACUAUCAAGGGCCUCUCACCGCUCUUCACGGUCCUAGCUUACCGCUUCGUCUUCCACAUCCACUACCCUACAGCAACAUACCUCUCGCUCAUACCUCUGACACUCGGUGUCGUUCUAGCCUGUAGUGUCGAGUUCUCGGGCAACCUUUUUGGCGUUCUCUGCGCUUUCGGCGGGGCCCUCAUCUUUGUCACGCAAAACAUCUUCUCAAAGAAACUCUUCAACGAGGCCGCCCGCACGGAAGCUGAUGGACCCGGUAUGGUUGCAGGGCAACGCAAGCUCGACAAGUUGAACCUACUUUGCUACUGUUCCGGCCUCGCCUUCGUCCUCACUUUCCCCAUCUGGUUAUGGACCGACGCUCUCCCUCUUUAUUCCGCACCACUAUCCCUCACGCCUCACACUACCCCAUCCCCCUCGCCUGCAUCUUCAAUGUACCUACCCCUCGAAUUCUUCUUUAAUGGAAUAUUCCACUUCGCACAAAAUAUGCUCGCCUUCAUCCUCCUCUCCCUCGUGUCUCCGGUCACUUACUCAGUCGCCUCCCUCAUCAAACGUGUUUUCGUCAUUGUCAUAGCCAUUGUCUGGUUCGGUAAUAGCACAACAUCACUACAAGCUGCUGGCAUUGCUCUCACUUUUCUUGGAUUGUACCUUUACGAUCGUACAAGCGACUCGGCAAAGGCGAGCCAAAGGGCUAAGAUGGAGUCCUUGAGCAUUGACAAGCCCUUGCUACCACUGAGUAAUAAGGAUGCCAUUUUCGACGAGUCACCGAUGAGUACAUUUUCGAGCAACAUGUUUGGAAAUGCCAACGGCCAUGUCAUUGGGGAUGAUAAGAAAAUAGAUGCUGCUGGGCCGGGCCGGCCAAGAGCAAGGAGUCAGGCUAGCAAUUCGUGGCGACAGCCAGGAACAAGGUAG